CUUUGACCCCUCGUCGGCGGUGGAGGGUGACCCAAGGCGGUCCAGGAUGACUGGGGUUGGAGGCAGAGAUGAGCUGGAAUUAAAGUUCAUGAAUGAAGAUGAGAGGAACCUUUAUGAGAAACUUUCCGAAAUGUUUCAGGAAGAAGACGCCUCCACUGUCAUAGAUUUACCAGGUAUGAUGGUGUCUGAGCAUGUUGAGGAUGUUGAACCAGUGGCUGAGGAUGGAUUGAGGGAUCGACGUUGGACUGAACUGCUGGAAAGGAGAGUGGAGGUCAUCCCUCAGUAUGUGGAGCAGCUCAGAGAGCGUGUGCAGAAAGACAUGAUCCCAGUGGGCAAACCUGUGCUGGAACAGGAAGAGCAUUCAGAGCGAGGGAAGACAGAGGGAAAGGUGUGGGCGAGGAAGCAGAGAGUAAUGUCGUUCUUAAGGGGAAAUUCAAAGAUCAGGCACAUAGACGCAGAGGAAGCCGUUCUGCAGGACAGACUGUACUCUGUGUUCCAGCGGGCGGAGAAUCGCUUGCAAAAUUCUUUGCGUCAACAGCAGGCUGAGAUCAUCGACCAAUAUGGAGAAAUUAUUGAAGAGAAUGAAAACACAGAGCCACUUCACUGGCAGGUGGAAUGGACUCGGACUCCGCAGCCCAUAGAGGUGUUUGUUUUGUGUCUGAGGGCCGUGAGAGAGAAGCUGCCCAGAGGUCUGUACUCACUGAGCGUGUCUCUUCAGACUGAACUGGGCGGCCGAACGGUGCGCUGGUCUCGUCUGCAGGAGCAGCAGUGGGCUGGAAGCACAGAACCCGUGGAACACCAGGGCCGAUACUGUGACACAGAGCUCAACAUUAACCAGAGCCUCUACAUGGUCUUACCUGCUUCCUGCGAUCUGUUGCCGUCCAGUGUUCUAUUGUUCAAGCUGUUAUCUCUGCCUGGUGAUCACAGUCAUGUGAGUUGUGUGGUCGGCUAUGGUGCAUUUCCCGUCUGCGACUGCUCCCUUCAACUCUUCAAGGGCAAUUUCAAGACCCCUCUCUUGCGUGGCAGGCCGAACCCCUCACUCAACCAAUUCCGCAAAAUUGAGCAUCUACUCUCCACUGACCUGGACCACUGGCUAUGCAACCUCUACUUCCAGGUGAAGAGACUCCCGCGGGGCAGCACCGGGGUGCCGGAGCGCAGCUUCACCCUGCAGAUCCCCUCUCACCCCCAGCUGAGCUCCAGCCAGGGGCUUCCUCCCCACCCGGACACCUCCACCCGCUCCUCUGCCUCUCUGCCAGAUAAGAGCCCCACCGGAGCUGUGUCAUCCUAUGAGCCCAGCAUCCAGACGAACCGCCCCGUCGCUGAGAAAACCAAGGCCGAAAUUCGUAGAAAGAGCGGCAGACAGAAGAAGAUAAUCGAGAGAAACAGCGAGGCGCUCAAACCUCUCACUAAAGAUCAGCUGGACCAGUUCACCUUCUCUGUGCGAUCUCACAGGCACAGUUUGCACAGGUCUGGCCCUGUGUGUUGUGGGACGGCCGAGAGAACACGUCUGGCAGUGCGUCUCCUCCCGUCGCUGCUCGAUUUGUCCUGCCGUCCAUGUCCUCAUCUGUCUCAGAUCAGUCUGAGCAUUUUUCUUUUCGUUGUAAUGUGGUUUCCCCGUCUGUACACGCAUUACUGCAGCCAGUGGCUCUUUCUGCAGGCUCAACACAUCCCCGUCAACAGGUUUGGGUUGGGUGCGCACACGGUGGAUCUGGUCUAUCAGGGUUCGCUUCUAUCUACCCUAGAGGAGGUUCUGCUGGUGCUGCUAGGCCCCCUGACCUUGAAUGCAGCUACGCUACUGCUGCUCCUGAUCAGAUGGGGCUGUCAGCUAGCGUUUGGCUCACCGCCCUCCUUCCUGUCAAAGUUUAUCAUGGCUGCGGCUGUGUGGACAGUGCUGGACCCUCUGGCGGUCUUUGCUGUGGAUGCCGUCCUGGGGCGUCUAUCCUACAGUGCAGAGGAACCGUUAGCAGAUGCUGCCAAGCUUUACUGGCAUUUCUUUAGAACGGAGCAGUCGGGUACAGCAGGCAUCAUCAUCACACUUUUCCUGUAUGGCGUCCACUGCAUCUUCUCCUUCACCUUUCUUUAUGUUUACAUCCUCAGACUUCACAAUGAUGGGAGACUGUUAGAUAUCUACCAACGCCUCCACAGCACUGAGGGAGCCUUCUUUAUUCCACAUGACAUGGAGGUCUCCAACCAGGAGCUCAAUUACAUUGUAAAGAAGGCAGAGCAAUGGAGAGGCUUCAAUGGAGAGAGACGCAAGGUGGCAGUGUAUGACUACAUCUGGACGGAGGAGGAGCCUGUGGUGGGAUUGGCACCGCCUGUAGGCAUGCCCAGUACAGGAUGCGAGACAAGCACCCAUCUAUCCAUCUACACACUGCACUUAAGCGGCCUGCGGCAACAUUACAGACACUUCCUGAGACAACCUGAUGGUGCCAUUAUAGAGGUGAUGGAUGAUUCUGACAGUAAAGAGUUUCAGACAGCAGAGGUGCGUGAGGAACAUGAGAGGAUGAAGAGCGGGACACAUUUCAGAGAGAGGAAGAGGAGAAAACCUGCCUGGCGAUCGCACAGGGUUGAGCCUCUUGGAGGAAGUGCCUGUGACUCAAGCAAUGGAAUUAAAUAUCCCAGACCAUAACCUGAAGUAGCCACACACACA